GGACAAGCAGAAUGGCGGGAAACUUUCGAUCCCUACGGACAGGGAAGACUGGGGUGCAUGCCUUUCCCUAUCGAAGACAUGAUCCUCCCUGGAGAAACUAAGAAACUCCAUCUCUACGAGGCUCGGUUUCUCGCGCUCUUUGAAGAAGCUCUCAAGCUCCAUGGGGGGUGUAGCGUUGGUCGCGUCCGGAUAGAGGCGAUCACGGGCAUGGAGCCCUACAUCUCCGUCAUCGCCAAGGACUACCAUGACCAGCGCAUCGUGCCGGCCCAUUCUGACGAGCAGGCAAACAACAACGCGAUCGUGGAGGACAUCUUGAAACUGCACAGCGACUGUGUG